AUGUCUUCUGAUGAAAGUUUUGAUGAUGAAUAUUUUGAUAAAUCUUCUCCUAUUCGAAUGUCUGAUCGAGUUCUUCGCUCAUCAUCCAUUUCAACAAGUUCUGAUCAAAUAAUGCCAAUGAACUCAAUUGAUGAGACAUACUCAUCAACCAACUCCAACACAAAAACAAUUUCUAAUGGAAAUUUUACUUCACGUAGUUUUGAAAAGAUACGAUUAUCGAUUGAAAGUGCUUCAGUUCAUGAAGUUGUCGAACGAUCAAGUCAAAUUUUCGAUGUGAAUCAUUUGAAAGAAUGUAUUGAUAAAGCUCAUAUAUGCCCUGGUGGUCGACUUGAAUUGAUUAUUGAUAGUGGAAAAAGCUUUGGAUUAUUUCACAAAAAUGGACUGAAGUGUUCUAUUUGUAAUAAAAUGACAGACUUAACCAACUUUCCUGCUCAAUCUUCACGUCAAAUUCAAGAACCUAAUCAACGUUUAUAUGCAGCAAGUGCAAUAAGUGGAACUGGUUAUGCGGCUUGUCCGCGUAACGCGACACUUCGCUGAUCAAGUUUUGAAAAAAUUUGUUUUCGAGUUGGACAGAUUUGAGUGAGUUGCUAGAUGCAGAUUUUUACGCUGAUUACGAAUCUGAUAUUUAUUUUGUAUAAAAAUUAGGUUUUGUUAUCGAAAAUCGGGUUUUAAACUUUUCAAAAACCGUAUUUUGGACUUUUUAAACAAAAAAGUUUUGCAAUCAAUGUCAAGAGACAUACCAUUAGAUGCAGAAUUAAAUUCUCUACAAAAUGGUCUAUUUAGUUUUGACUUUCGUAGCUUAGAACAAAUUGGAGACUCCUAUAUAGUUUCCAAUUUCUUGCUCAGUUUAUAAGCUCUUAGAUCGAUGUAUCAAUCUCAUUUUUGUAUAGGAGAGUAUCCGCAUAGAAGACAGUAACGCUUAUAAAAAUCAACUCAUUCUGAGAACAUUAAGGGCCUCAAAAUCGGUCAACAAAAAACUGUGUAACAGCGUUACGAAAAACGUAACAGCGUUACGUUUGUUUUUUGCAUUUUUGAUCUGAACGAAAAUGCUUUAGAGAAAAUCUUUUUACUGCCUGAAAGCCUAUUCAAUGCUCUACAAGAUUGACUCUCGAAGCAUUACGUUUGAAGAAAUGGUUUUGCAAGAAAUUAGAGUUUUCUCGAUGGUACUGGAAAAAAGGGUCUUUUUAUGUAACAGCGUUACGGCAUGAUAAAACCUUUCUAGAUGUCUGAGACUUCAGCCAAAAAAGGUCAUUCUUAUGGGAUAAAGAGAGCUUGAUAAGCUGCGUCGAAUGACGUUUGAACGAACUUCUUAGCUCUUAAACUUUCCGAGAUAAUUGAAGAAGAGUGUGUCAAAAACGUAACAGCGUUACGUUUGGACAAGCCGUAUGACACUACUCAAUUUGUACUUGCAUUAUUAGGAAUUGGUAUGCCACACCGUUCAACUUUUUACCAACAAGUUCAUAGUUUGUAUUAUUUCUCAAUUUGACUUAUUUUCUUUUAUCUUAAAACUAAUACUACUAUUCUAUAUGAAUUACAAUAGGAUGAAACGGCUCAUAGACGACAUUUGUCAUUGCUCCUUGACUAAAAUAUGAAUACAUAACAUAAUUUAUGAUUAUUUGAACAGAAUAAAUUAAAAUUCUAUGAGU